AUGUCAGCCCCAUUUCCGAACAUAUACAACCAUCGCAAGGUGGCAGAUUCAUCGGCCAAAUCAUGCGACAUCUGUUACAAGACGAGUACGUCAGUGCUCGUUACGCCCGAUAACAAGGACUUCUUCUUUGUGUGCACUGUGCACCUAAAAGACCGCUACUUUUGCACGCCAAAGAUUGAUGAAGAGGCCAUCAAAGCCAAAAGAGAGCGAGAGUUGGAGGCUGAAAAAGAAAGGGUGAAAAAGGAGUACGAAGAAAAACAGCGGAAAAAGAAGGAAAAGGCGGAAAAGGACAAGAAGGAGAAAGACAAGGACGAGAAGAAGAAGACGGACAAAACGGACGACAAGAAUGAUGAGGCCGAGAAAAAGGAAGAAAAUGACAACGGCGAGGCCGAGGCAGAAAAGGAAGAAGAGCCUCGGACCUUUGAGCUCAAGACUGCGUUUUAUCAACAACGCUUACAAAGAAAACGACAAGCAGAAACUUCAAAGAGAGAUAGAGAACGGGUCUCGCAGCCGGGGUACUUUCCUUCGGUACCGACGGCGCCGCCCUCAAAGUAA